AAAUCCAAGACAUGGACCAUCGACAUCAUAUUCAAGUCCGAAUCACUAUAGACAACUCCAAGACAUGGACCAUCGACAUCAUAUGCAUCAUAUUCAAGUCCAAAUCACUAGACAAAUCCAAGACAUGGACCAUUCGUGAAAUAUGACAUCAUCUCUAGAAGCCCCUAAGGGAGUAUAAAUAUUGAAAUAAUACUAUAGCUAUACCCUCAUCCUAACCAGCGAGACAACUAACACUAACCUCUAACGCCAAACAUGAUUUCAGCCUGCCAGCAUUUCGCAAUCCUGGCUUUCGCUAUUCUCGUUCCCGCGGUCACAGUAGCGCUUGUGGUCCUCAUACCUGCGCACGCCGUACUCACGUUGUCGGCAAUGACAGCAUUGUGCUGGAUAUUCACGGUCGUUACGCUAACAAUUGACCCGGAACUGUCGCACAGCUGCGCUCUUCCUCUUAUGAUAAUCGUAUCCGUGACUAUAUCGUUCGUCGACGCCCACCGCAUGGCUAUAGUCGAAUGGGAAGACGGUUGGGCGGCCAAUGGACUGCUCGGUCUGGCAAUAAUCGCCUUUUUUAUCUUUUCCGCAGGUUUGGCGAGCGAGAGGCGUUCGGGUUCGGGGGCGGGCAUUUUAAGAAAGCUCGCUGACAACCUUUCCCCAUUCGUCAAUGACCUCCGGCACAUAGCUGUAAGUCAUAAAUAUUCCAUACUACCACAAUACGAUCCUUACUCACAUUGUCAGACUCUCGCACAACCUGCCGCCGCCGCCGCCGCCGGUUUGGCCGCCACCGCUGCCGGUUUGGCCGCCGCCGCCACCGCCACCGCUGAUUCGGGCGGCGCCGACGCUUCUACAGCGCCAGACACACAUGAGCUUGAUUCGCGAGAGGGUGGGCAUGGUUGUGUUGCUGAAGACCGGGCCCCGGCGGGAGCGUGACCUGGAAGAUAACUUGGAAGUUAGCUAGAUCGUUUAUGUAAUGCAUCAGACUCAGUUGCGGGAUAUUCAUAUCAAUAUGCUGCGU